AUGGAUCUUGACUUGGCUCUGCUGAAUGACAAACCUACUGCCAUUACUGAUAAGAGUAGUGAGGAUGAGAAGUCUUUUCAUAAAUCAUGGGAAUGCUCUAACACAUUAAGCCUUAUGUUUAUGCGAAUGACUGUUGCUAACAACAUUAAGAGUACUAUUUCACAAACUAAAAGUGGCAGGGAAUACCUAAAGUUUGUGGAAGAACAUUUUCGUUCUGCUGAUAAGUCUUUCGCUGGUACACUAAUGGCUGAACUCACAAUCAUGAAGUUUGAUGGGUCGCGUAGUAUGCAAAAUCAUAUCAUCGAGAUGGCUAAUAUUGUAGCAAGACUUCGGACCUUGGGGAUGAAAAUGGAUGACACCUUCUUGGUUCAGUUUAUUCUGAACUCGUUGCCUCUUGAGUAUGGACCAUUCCAAAUUAACUAUAACACUAUUAAGGAUAAGUGGGAUGUUAGUGAAUUGUCCAGUAUGCUUACUCAAGAGGAGUCAAGACUUAAGAAACAAGGAGGUCAUUCCAUUAAACUCAUGGGUUAA